GGUCGCUGCGGCAUCAGUUUUAUUUUCAUCCUGAAACUAGUCACAUCAGAUGUAAUCUAAUUUUUUUUUUUUUUUUUAAAGAACUCUUAGAAUGUUAUCGGAUGGUUUUCCGUUAUAAACGCGCUACUGUUGAUGAACAAAUCACCUCCACGAUAUAUUAAUUGUGGGUGUUGGUUCAGAACCCCCUUCCCGGUUGCUACGGAGAUGGUGUGCCCCGGUAUGUAAAGCUUGUGUGUGCGGAAGUGCGCUAUCAAAUAGUGACUGGCUCUCCGAAGGGCUGCUUGUGAGAUAACUGAAAGAAAACUGCGAGAGUACCAGACGAUGUCGCCGAAGGAACCCCUGUUGGCGACUCUGAAAGUGUGUAUCCUGAACAUGCAGGCAGAGGGAAGGCCGGUGACAGAUGAGAACCCCCACCUCUCCUCCUGCUGCCAGCUCCUGGAGAUCAUUCUGAGAAAGGGGCUCCAGCAGACAGGCCUGGGGCUAAUCAAGAGGGACGUCUGGCACUGGCUUGAGCAGCUCCCACAGCAGGAUACCUGCGGCAGGCAGAGUCAGUUCUCUGUAUCAGUGGAGACGGCCGCUGCUUGUAAGAAGUUGCUGUCGGCUCAGGGACGCGGGAGAUUCUUCCUGCGAUUGGCUCUAAACCGGAAGAUCCUGGGAAAUGUAGUCCAGCAUCUCAUUCACACUCCUAAACUGCUGGAGUGGUAUGAUCCAGUCAUAUCUGUCCUUGGAAAUGAGGAGUUUUUGGAGCCGUUCCUGUCCUUGUUGCUGGUGAUAUCAGAGAUGGAGUUCUCUCUCAACACUGAGAACUCCAGUUUCCUGGAUGAAAGCUGGCUGCUGCCGGUGUGUGAGGUGUAUGAAACUGUGCCUUGCAGAGAGCUGGGAAUGGUCCUCAGGUACCUGGGCAGCAGAGUGUUUGUGUUGGAGUUGCUGGAGGGAAGCCAGGCCAAGGUGGACAAAUUUGUCCUUCCAGGAGACAUUAUCGACGAGAUCAAUGGGGUUUCCCUGAGGAACGCCAGCAAUGGACAGGCUGGGAUAGUAUUGCAGAGACUGAAAGGCAAGCCGCUCUCCUUCCGGCUAAUUCGCUGGCGCUGUGGCGACGGGACUGUCUACCGACCAAUGGUAAAGCUCCUUAAAGCGCUACAGCAAGAGAACCCCAAGUUUCAGCUGCAAUGCGACCCCAAACCCACACCGUGGACUGACACAUACUGCCUGCAGGAUGGCAGAAUAUUGUAUAUCCUGAAGUACCUGGGGAAAGUUGAAGUUGGAAUGUACGGAGGAAAGGAGGUGCUGGAGCAAGGGAUCCCAAAGGUUUUGGAGCAGAGACUCCCCCCCAAGGAAGUGUUAUUGGAUGUAAAAGAAACCCAAUUAAUAUGUACUGAACACUCAUCCAAAAAGCUGAUGUUCCGUUACCACUACCCAGAGAUCUCCUGUGUGGGCCGCCUGCUUCGAAAUUACCAGGCUGUCUUUGCCUUCUGUGUAGCGGACUGUCCUGAGACUCCUGAGACCUCCUGCUUCACUUGCAUUGUUCUGCAGGCCAGCUCUACCUGCGAGAGUGACCAGAUCAUCAGCAGGAUCGCUUCUGGCUUCAAACACACCGAGUCGUUUGUAUGAGGAAGGGGAGAAGGCUCCUGCACACACCUCUCAACUGCCUUUUAACUGGCUAGGACAGAGACAGGGGGUACCUUACUAUGCCUGCUGAGACCUGUACACCGGCUUUGACGGCUCUGGAGAAACCAUCCACACUGCCGGUCCAGCUGUGAAGACGAUCAUUAUCGCAAGCCAUACUGCUGGUUGAGAACUACAAUGUCAGUAGUUUUCAGUUAUGUUUGCCAUUUUGCAUAAAAUUUGAAUCAGCCACCAUUUAAAACAUGUGACAGCUGCCUCAUAAGAGUAUAUUUGUCGUAUUUUGCUGUUGUAAGUUUAAAUAUUCCUUUUGACAUUCAGAAAAGCAAACCUCAAGUUUUCCAAAAGCUCUUAACAGAUCUAAGUAAGACUUAAUAUAUGGCUGAUCUUCAGUUCUGAGUUUCAACAGAUUCUAUAACCACAGAAUACUUGCUUUUGAAUGCCACUGGCAGCAGGAUACAUGUUCAGUUAUUUAUGUUACAAACCAGGAUUUCCAGUGUUUUGAAGUAGCUGCUGGAGUUAUAAUUGUCCUCCUAGUUGGGACAUGAACGGCUUUAUUUUGUGGCAACCUUUAUCUUUACAAUACUGAUUGUAUAUUUUGGGAAACUCUUGUUUAAAUAAAAUAUAAGACAUUUUAAAA